UCAUUUUUCGGAACCAAACAGACUUCUAAUCCAAAAAGGACUGGGUGCCAUCAUUGUGCCGUGGAAUUUUCUUCAGCAAGAGCUCCUUCCUAAAGAUGCAGUUACAGAGGAACCCACCUUCUUCCCAGCACAGUGGCAGUAAAUCUCUUCAGCUCCUUCUUUUGUUUUCUCCCAUAAGAAGUCCAGCCACAAACCAGGAUGGUCAUAUGUUCCUCUGAGAGCACAGUACUGACCAGGCUUCAGCAGCUUCCUGUCCGAUACUUGCAGCAGAAAGUGACAGCUGAACACCGCACGGGGCUGAGGCUGCCGGAGCGUCCUUGAACCGUAAGUCUGGCCGAGAGCCAGGAAGUGUGGAAUCCUGGCCGGGUGGUGGCAAAUUUCGCCAGAUCGCAGCCAGAGGCAGCGCGUCCUUCAGCCCGCGGCGGGGCGACGGAGGGAGCGGAGCUGUGCGAGGAGCGGAGCAGCGGCGUUCUCUGCCGACCUCCCCGCAGAGCGGCGGCGUGUGUUUAUGGACUGUCUGAUAUCUGCUCAGCGUCUGAUAAGACUUCCAAGAUUCUUGUUCAACGGUCAUCUGGAUCGCAGGCUGAGUCCUUGGAUUUGAAGUCUUGUUGAUGCCAGUGAGAUUGAUACCAGGGCCUUCAAGAGAAAAGACUUUCUGAUAAACCCACUCCACUCCAUUCAAGCCUAUGACUGGGGGUUUCACCAUAUCACCAUCCUUUGCUCUCCAGUUGCACAAGAUGGGUUCAUUCAGAAGGCCCCGACCUCGCUUCAUGAGCUCUCCAGUGCUCAGUGACCUGCCACGUUUCCAGGCAGCUCGGCAGGCUCUGCAGCUCAGCUCCAACUCGGCGUGGAACAGUGUUCAAACAGCAGUGAUAAAUGUGUUUAAAGGGGGAGGCUUGCAGAACAAUGAACUCUAUACCCUCAAUGAAGCUAUCAGACGGCUGCUGAAGAGUGAACUGGGAUCCUUCAUCACUGAUUACUUUCAGAACCAGCUCCUUGCGAAAGGCUUGCUGUUCAUAGAGGAGAAGGUUAAGCUGUGUGAAGGUGAGGAUCGCAUUGACAUCCUGUCUGAAAUUUGGGAUCACUACUUCACUGAGACUCUUCCUACACUCCAGGCAAUAUUCUAUCCAGUACAGGGUCAGGAGUUGACCAUCCGUCAGAUUGCUCUUCUUGGUUUCAGAGACUUGGUCUUGCUAAAAGUGAAGUUGGAAGAAAUUCUUCCUCUGGUCCAGACAAAGCUUCCAGCUUCCAUUGUCCAGAUGCUAUUAAUUCUACAGAGUGUCCAUGAACCUGAUGGCCCCAGUGAGAGCUACCUACAGCUGGAAGAAUUGGUCAAGCAGGUGGUGUCACCAUACUUAGGUUUGUGUGAGGACCACAGCUUCUCUGGUAGCACCUGCUUGCUUGAGAGACGGUACUCCAGAUCCCGUUCCAAAGCUGGUGGACUGAGUUACUCCUCCCACCUGGUUGGCAGUCGGCAGCCCAGUGAGAUGGCCCUGACACCUCUGACGGAGCAGGAGGGUGAGGCUUAUCUGGAGAAGUGUGGUAGCAUCCGUCGCCACACUGUUGCCAACGCUCACUCAGAUAUUCAGCUCCUGGCGAUGGCCUCCAUGAUGCACACAGGCAUGGUGAUCGAGGAGUCGGACAGCAAUGACAAAUGUCUCCUCCUGCAGCCCAGUUUCAGCCACAGGCAGUGCUCCAGUGAGCCCAGUAUUGCCGAUGGGCCUGAAGGAGGCAUGGCAACAGGCAGGCAGGACUCAGCAGAGCUGAACUGCACAUCAGUCAGCUAGAAGAAGUCUCUCUGAGAAGAGGAGGAGCGUAUGUGCUAAGCUGGACAAAUGCUCCUGUCAUCCCCGCUGGAAAAAAAGGAAAAUUGGGGUUUUGCUCCUGGUAGUGAAAUGGCCUUGGAUGAUCUAAUGUCUCUUUGGGAGUGCUCUCCAGACUUGUUUUCCUUGCUUGUUUGUGAGUGUUGUUGAUAGAGGUACCAGCCGGCUCCCGAUUGAGGGUGGUGGGCUGCAAAGUUGAACAUUGCUGUGUACCUUCUGUAAGCUCUUUUACUGUACUAACCUAAAUCUUCUGGCCUCAGGUUUCCUUCUGUUUCUUUGGUAUGACGCAGAUGAGCCUCUUUCUGCUUUUGUCUUUCCUGGUUUUGUGCUACUUGUUUGCAUCAGAGGAUCCUGUGCUUAAUGUUCUUUGCUUCUGAAGUUGAAGUGGUGACUAAGGACUACCUUUUUCUCUUUUGAAGUUGAACUCAGGGAUAAAACCACUUGGAUCUUGCAGAAAGAUCUGUUCAGAUUGCUUGAGAGAAGGAGAUCCUUCGCUUGCUUCCCACAAGUGUGGGGGGAAAAGAAUCUUGAAGAAACCAGCUUUUUUUAGCCCACACAUGAACAGAACUGGAUACGUAUGGAGUGCCAGCUGAACCCUUCCAAUGUGCUUUAUGUAGUUCCAGUAAUGUCUUUAGUGUUGUUGUUAUAAAUCGAGCACCAAGGAGAAAGGUAUAAAGUGAGAGCGAAUACAGUCCUGAGCAUCCCAGUAUUUGGCAUCAAAUUGCUAUUUAAGUUCUGGGGUGGUGCAGCUGCAAUGAAAGGAGAAAUCUAAACGAGUCCCUUCAGAAAGGGAAUGCCCAUGCAUUUCUAUCGGGAGAAAGCUAAAGGUGCUUCUCCAGGAUGACUGUCAUGAGUGCAGAGCAGAAGAUGACUUACAGGGCUGCUUCCUUGAGCUGCUGUGGUACUCCCUGCACUUGCAGGAUUCGUGAGACCAGAGAUAAGCAGCUGGGUGCAGAACGGAGCGCUGUCCUUGUAGCACAUUUGUGAAGUGCUUCUGACCUCCAGUGGUAUCUCGCUCAGUGAGCAUUUCUUUAAGAUGAAGCGAGGACUACGUGUAGUCUUUGUUCCUAUUUUUGUUCUGAAGAUUAGGAUUGGGUCCAGGUUGUCAGUGUGUCAGAGUUGCAGUGCCCACUGCAUGGCACCGUUUGGUUCUCAACUGCUGCUUCUGUGGGAGCAGAACCGAUUUGUUGGAGCAGUCCUCUGGUGCCUUGCUAAGCAGAUUUGCAAGUGUAAUUACAAGCUUAGAGGUAAACUGAAAUGCUGCCUUAAAUGUCAAAUCGCAUUAAAAACGUGGAUAUAAUACCACAGCCUCUAGAAUCCAGUCCCUGUGGUACUGACUGCAAAUAAAUCUAUCCUGACAAGGGAACAGGAAGUUAGGAUGAGUCUUCAGGAGAUGUUUUUACAUAUUGUGACGUUAAUUGCAGAAUUUGCCCCGCUGCCAUUGGGCAUUAAGCGCCUUUUAUUGCAUGGGCUGUACUGAAAGAGCAGCUUGGACCUGCUGGGAUUUGACUUUGGUAGCAUGUGCUGCAAAAAGCAGUUGGAUGGUUAUUGUACCACAGAGCACCAGAAAACCCAGCAACGAGCACAAGUCUUGCUGUCUGUGUACAUGAGAAUAUUUCUUUGUCUCCUGUGGUUUGCAAAUCUCCAGAUACUUGGAAGGGGCUGUGUUUUCUUGUAGUUGGUCACCUGCGACACCCUCGCUGCUGGCCUUUGUAGAAAUGCAGUGUUUUUGUCCCUGCUGUAAUUAUGUGAGAGAGAUUGGGUUGUGCUGUUGGCUUCCUAGGAAGGAUGUGUCUGGGGAGGCAGGAAGAGGGGGAUUUAAGCAGUCCUUCCUUUAAAUGGAUUCUAGGGGAAGUUGCCUUCUUAUUCCUAAAUUGGACUGAUUGUGCCACCUGAUGCUGUCACACGCACUGACUUGCAGCCUUCUCUUGACCACAGUGUACACGUGGGGAAGUGCUGAUCCUGCAGCAUUUCAGCUCACUCCUGUAAGUGCUUCUCAUCUUUUUACUUCUCAUUUCCCUUUUGUAAAUGCCCAAAGUUAGCAGCGCCGCCUUCUGUGAUGAAAGUGAGUAUGAUUUAUUUCCUGACAUACUCUUGGAUCAUCUCUAGGGCUAAUAGGAACCCAGUCCUGGUUUUAACUUGAAUAUCUUUUGUUUUACAUCUAUUUAUAAUUUUGAAUCAUGUUGAUUUUGUACCUGUUACGUUGUGGAAAUUUGCACCGAGCCACUCUGAAUUGAGCACUUCCCCUGGUUGUUUGGAUGUUUUGUGUAUGGAGAAUUAAAGCUGGUGGCUUUACUUUUUAAA